AUGCCCUCACACUUCCCUUUUCCUUCACUUCCCAUGGAACUGCAGUAUGAAAUUCUAACUGAGCUUAACGCACAAGACCUCCAAACUGUCAAAGCUUUUGGACUUGAUCCCCAGGCCUUCCGUGACGCUAUGAAGCAAUACAACGCCAUUAUUGCUGGUUCCGCCGCCCUUGCUGAGUACCGUCGCUGA